GCAGUUGGGAAGGGAGGGGCGAAGAGGAGAUUGGUGAUAGGGGAAAAGGGGAUAACAGCUGACAGGAGCGGAGGAAGGAGGAAGGAAGGAAGGAAGGAGGCGGCGGAGAUGAUGGCUUCCCAGGCCGCCUUCCAGUCCUCGGCGUCGCCGCGGCCUGUCAUGGCUCUCCAUCGCCCUCACCUCGCGUCGCCGCCCAGAGCCCUCUCUUUCUUGCGGCUCCAGAAUUCCAAUCUCAGCCGCCGUCACCGCCGCCGCCUCGCUCUUUUUCCCGUAGGACUCGGCUUUGGUAGGGAUCGCGCUGGAAUUAUUCUCGUCGCGUCCGCUUAUGCCCCGGCGCCUGUGGAUUCCGACGGGAGGGAGGCGCUGGAGCGGUGCUUCUCGCUGUCGCCUGUGGAAUCGAUGGAGCGGUGUCUCUCUCUGUCGCCAGAUUCCGGGACGCCAUCCUGCUCCUCGUCCGCUGUGAGUUCCGGGUCCUCGACGGUGAUGAAAGGGGGGAAGAAGUAUGGGGCUAUUGGCGCUGUGACGCUGGAGAAGUCGAAGCUUGAUCUGUCGCAGAAGACGAGGAAGUCGAAUCCCCAGUUAGAAAUUGGUGGUGGAGGAGGAGAUAUAGGAAAAAAGAAUUUCCAUGGAGGAGGUGAUGGAGGAGAUGACGAUGGUGAUGAUGAUGAUUACUUUGAUGAUUUUGAUGAAGAGGAUGAUGGAGAGGAAGGUGGAUUGUUCAGAAGACGCAUAGUUAUUCAAGAGCUUUUUGACAAGAAGUUCGUGGAUGCUGUGCUUCAGGAAUGGUUCAAGAGCAUGACAAACUUGCCAGCUGGUCUUAGACAAGCUUAUGAAUUGGGAUUGGUGAGUUCUGCCCAGAUGGUGCGCUUUUUGGCAAUUAAUGCAAGACCAACUGUUUCUAGAGCCAUUUCUCGAACGGUUCCCGAAUGGUUAUCUAGGGCUUUCAUUGGAAGAAUGAUUGCAGAUCCAGCUUUCUUACUUAAAUUAUUGCUAGAAGAGACAAUGACCUGUGCUUGUUCUGUUUGGUGGGAGUUCAAAAAUCGCAAAGAGAGAAUCAAGCAAGAAUGGCAAUUGGCACUCGUCAAUGUCCUUACUGCAAUGACUUGUAAUGGAAUAAUUGUUUGGUCCCUUGCACCUUGUCGUUCAUAUGGGAAUACAUUCCGUUUUGACUUGGAAAAUACAAUUCAGAAACUUCCCAAUAAUAUUUUUGAGAAUAGCUAUCCUAUGAGAGAAUUUGACUUGCAGAAGAGAAUUUAUUCUUUCUUCUACAAAGCAGCAGAAUUUUCUUUACUGGGCCUAGCUGCAGGGACAAUUCAAGGUGCUAUAUCAAAAGCUUUUGGUGCCAAGAAGGAGGGAAGGUUAUCAGUGACAAUUCCUUCUGUAAGUAGCAAUGCUCUUGGUUAUGGCGCCUUUUUAGGAUUAUAUGCAAACAUGCGUUAUCAACUUUUAAAUGGGAUUGAUAGAACUAUGCUCAACCACUUCGAUGUUCUUGGAGUUGCAAUCUUCUUUAGUACAGCAUUGAGAAUACUGAAUGCUCAGCUGGGAGAAACAUCACGACACGCUUGGCUUGGCCUAGAACCAGAUCCUCUUGUUCAGUCAGAGGAUUUGUUGAAGGCGUACAGCAGACAUUCAGAUUCAGUGGAAAGCUCACCUUCGAAAUGGUUCAUCUCAAAGAAUGCAGUAAUUUCUGGUCUUGGGUUGCUUGGAAUCAAGCAGAGUGGCGAACCUGAAUCCACACCCACAAAACCUCGCCGCAAGAGAAUCGUUAGGAAAAAAGUGAAUGCUAGUUCAGCAUAGUCUUAGUUUAUCCUAAGACAACUGCAACAAUUUUCUUACGGGAGGUGUUAGGCCUAGCUUGCGGUUACGUUCUCGCAAUAUUAGAUUGAACUGAGGAUGGCAAUAUGGGUAUCAUAGUCACCGGACAAUGCCCCUGAAAUGUCAAUUCACUGAGGAAAUGAUCUAAUGACCAUAUAAAACUUGCGCAUUGUCUAAAUUUCUUCCUUUUCUUUUUGUAGAAAAGAGGAAUAGAUAUUCUUUCUUACAGCUGUAAUCUUCGAGUGUCAGAGUCAGUUGAAUUUUUAUCUGCUUUCCCUAUUCAUGGUGGAUCCAUAAUUAUUGCUGCCAAGAACUUGCCAUAACUCAACUUCCCUAGGUUGUAUCAAUUUUAAAGCAUGUAAGCUUUGAUUUAAUUGUUCAACCUUUCGUUUUAACCUCGCA